GCACCUCAUCCACAAGGACGCAGCUGGCAGAACGUUCACACCGACUUGGAUCGGAGUCCGCCAGCAGGGACACCACCUCGCAGGCCGACCCGUCCAUCAACAGGUAGGUCGGUCCCCCGGGGACGGGGGCCACGUGGCGCUGCAGCCUCCCCCGUGUGUCUUGAGCGCUGCUGCGUCCCUCUUUGCCAGGAUGGAGUUCCGACAUGGGGCCGGGGUGGAGGAGCCGUGUCCGGUGUGUGGAGAUAAAGUCUCCGGUUACCACUACGGUCUGCUCACCUGCGAGAGCUGCAAGGUGCACUGACUUCCGCUCCAGUUGGGUUUUUCCACAAUGUCCACAUGAACAGAGCAUCCUUCCUCAGGUGGAUGUAUUUCUCUACUCGCAGGGCUUUUUCAAAAGAACCGUCCAGAACAACAAGAAGUACACGUGCGCGCAGAGCCAGAGCUGCAGGGUCGAUGUGAGUCAGAGGAAGCGCUGUCCGUUCUGCAGGUUCCAGAAGUGUCUCCAUGUCGGCAUGCGGCUGGAAGCUGUUCGUGCAGAUCGGAUACGAGGUGGCAGGAACAAGUUUGGCCCCAUGUACAAGCGUGAUCGCGCCCUCAAGCAACAGAGGAAGGCGCUGAUUCAAGCCAGCAGAUUCAGAAUAGUCAGCAGUCCAUCGCUGGGCUCCUCAACCCAGCAAAGAGACGUGACCUUCACUUGUGGCCUUCAUCCAGUUCCCAUCCUUCACUGCAACCCAAUGCAGAGCCAUGGUAUCAGCUACCAGCCUCCAACACUGAGCUCACUCCUGCCGUCCGACUCACCCGGAGUCCAGCAGUACCAGUGUACCUCCUCCUCAAACUGGACCAUCAAGUCCGAGCACGGCAACAACUCGGCUGCAGGAUUCGACUCCGAUGAGCUAUACUCCAGACACCUCCCUCUGCGCGGCCUAAGAAUGCCACAGCUAGUGACGGAGUUUGUGCGCUGUGAUCCAGAUGAGCAGCAGCUUCAGAAUAAGAUCACUGCUCGUCUCCUGCAGGAGCAGACAGACUGUGAGAAACACGGGAACCCCAGCAGCUUUGGCCUGAUGUGUCUCAUGGCCGACCAGACGCUGUUCUCCAUCGUUGAGUGGGCUCGCACGUCCAUCUUUUUCAAACAACUUAAGGUGAAUGACCAGAUGAAGUUGCUGCACAGCUGUUGGAGUGACCUGUUGCUCCUGGAUGUCAUCUCCAGACAAGUCCUGUAUGGCAAAGAGGGCAGCCUGCUACUGGUCACUGGGCAGGAGAUGGAGCUGUCCGACGUGGCGUCCCACGCUGGAGUAGCCGGCCUAAUCCAGAGAGGACAGGAGCUGGUUGAGAAGCUUCACGUCAUAAAAGUGGACCGUCAGGAGUUUGCCUGCAUUAAGUUCAUCGUCCUUUUCAACCCAGAUGUGAAGCAGCUGGAGGACCAUCGGUUCAUAGAGAGCGUGCAGGAGCAGGCUGAAGGAGCCCUGCUGGAGUACACGCUGUGCACCUCCUCGCACGUCCUCGGACGCUUUGCUCACCUGCUGCUCUGCCUGUCCGAGCUGCGCUCUCUCAGCGCCCUCGCCGAAGAAUACCUGUACUGCAAACACCUGGGGGGCGAGGUGCCCUGCAACAAUCUGCUCAUUGAGUUGUUCCAUGCCAAGCUGGGCAUGAACACUCAGGCGCCGUGUGAGUGCCUGCAGCCGCACGGAGGCAUUAAGCUGUGAUGGAUUAUCCCUGAUGUUGUUCUCUGCUUUACACUGGAUUUCCACAUUAAUAUGUACAGUUAAAUCAUAUUGUAAAUGAGACUUUUAUCCCCUGAAACUACUCGUAAGCUUAAAGGAGCAAUCUGACAGUCGAACAUGCAUGUUUUUACUUUAAAAACAAAAACCGGCUUUAGAACCGGGUGACCUACAGCUACAGCCCACAUGUCUAUUUGCAUAUGAUUCUGCUGUUUUCAAUAAAAGCAUUUUCAACUUUGUGUA